CCGAUCUCCUCUCCUGGCGCCUAGUGGCCUGCACAUAGCCCCAUACCCACACACACGACGACCAAGCACGACCCAGCUCUGUCUCCAAUGAUCUCCCGUUCAUAAUAGCCGUCCCCGCCAUCCUUGCACCUUCUCUCCUACUCACCGCUCGCACUUGCCAUUCCAGAACAGGUCCAAUGUCCAAUGACAUUCAGAGAGCGGACCAGAUUGCUCACAGAGUAUACACCAAGCUCGCAAAUCUCGUUGUCCAUGCACGCUCGACCCAGGAGCACCGGACGCUGCCUAAACCAGACAAAUGGUUCAAUCUCGAGACACCGGACAUGGACUGCUUCAAGGACCAUCUCAGACUAUACCGCACCGUAUCCACCGCCAGCACAGCCGCUAAUACCACUUCACCGUCCUCAUCAUCGUCCUCACCUUCGGCAUCCACGUCACAAGCCAGCGCAAUUCCUUUUGAGCUGCAGGUUCUACUCACAGUACCCGAACUUAAUGCGAACCAGGUCCUUGUCUCCAUAGGCCCCGACUCUUCGCGUCGGCGUAUCGACCCUACACCGCAACUCGUUCUGCUCGAGUCUUGGACUCUCACGUUCACACCUCUCAACCAGAAUCCGUCACAACAGUCCUUGCAAUCACAGGCAGAGACAGACCUCGCGCCAUCAACAAUAUACAAGCAUGGAAUUGGGCUAUUCAGGUCGCUUUAUACGUUCUUGAGGGUGAUGCCGGCGUGGAAGCUGUAUAGACGGCUGAGCAGACGCAGAGCAGGGAGCGCGAAGGGCAAUGGGACACUGGGAAUCAUGCUCAGGGUGAAGCCAAGUAGUAGCGACCGAAACGAGAAGUUACUUGGAUUUGACUCAAAUCCCUCCGCUAGCUCCAUCCCCCACCUCUCCUCCACACACACCUUCCCCUCUGUUCCUCACCCAACCGGGACCCUAACACUGAGCACGACAUACCUUACGCACCCGAACUUCCAACUCGACGACCUCGAAUCACUCCUCUCUUCCCGACUUUUAUCUCUCGAAUUAGGCGACGCAGGCGGGAUCGGAGGCGAAUUCACGCCUACGCUCGAGAGGAACCGCCAGCGGGAUUCGAUAUCGAGUUCGCCGGGCAGUUUGGCCGUUAAGACUUCGUUGCCUGCGAGUCCGCCCUCUGGAAUCUCUGGACUCCCGCCGACUGGAUCUGCAGCUGGGACUAGUGGAAGCUUGGCAGACAGGAUGAUGAUGAUGAGACAGCAGGGUGGGUAUGCGGGGUUGGCGUCUGGGUCGGGUGGCGGGAGUGGGAUGGGUGGUGGUGGGAUAAACUCGCAAGGACAUGUGCAUACGCGGACGACAUCGUUUCCGACUAUGAACUCUAGCCCGAGGGUUACGCCGUCACCGUUACCUAUGGGAAGUCGGACGACGUCGGCGCAGGGCGAGAGGGAUCAUGGCGUCCCGCCAGGGAGUGGGAGUGCUGCGUCUCUGGCUUCGUCGAGGAGGAGCGCGACCUCUACGGGAGCGGAGGGAGGUGCUGGGGUCGGAGGUUAUGGGGUUAGUCUGGCGAGGUUGAGGAAGGAGAGUACGGGCAGUUUGGGAGGCGUGAGGGGGAGCGGAGUCGACCUGCCCUCCCAAUCCCAAUCCCCUUCGCACUCACAUUCUUCCUCGCCCGGUGCGGGCGGCCUACAAAUCCGCCGUCCAACCGUCAACCCUUUCAAAUCGUCGACGCUCUCGUCCUCACCCUCCCUCAACUCACCGUCCCCGUCCGUGCGCCAGUCAUCACCGUUAUCGGGACCUGCGCCGGGACCGCUACCCGUGCGGCAGCCGUCGAAUCUUCCUGCAUUACCUUUGCCCCCAUUGACCAAUAUCACAAGCUCGCCAACGAGGGAGAGGGCGGGCAUGGGCAUAGUCCCGCCUUCGCCUAUUGGUGGUCCCGGGACGAGCGGUAGUUUGGGGUUGGGUGGAGGUGGGUUGAGUAUGGGGAGUGGUGGUGGAGUAGGGAGGUUGAGUUCGAGCCCGGUCGCGCCAUUGCGGCCUUCGCCGCCUUUCCAGCCUGGCUCGUUGGGCGGUGGUGCGCCAGGGUCGCUCGGCGAUAGACGCUCCCUCGCGUCUAAUGAAGGCGUUAGUGGGAGUCCGGGUGUCGGGAGCUUGGGCGCGGGAGGGGAGAGAAAGCGGUAUAGCAGUAGUUUUGGACAUCGGUAUAAGGACUCGGGGGCGAGUGCGGUUAGUUCUGCGGGGGCGAGCGAGGGGAGUGGAGGUGCGAGUGGGAGUGUGGGGCAUAUUCAGAGUCAUAGUAGGAGGGGGAGUCAUGGGCAGGGUGCGGGUGUGGGAGGUAGUCAGGGUUUGAUGGGCGGCGGUGAAGGUGUGAGGGAGAGGAAGGAUAGCGAGAGGAAGGAUGUGAGUCCAUCCUACAAGUACCUAUCACCCAACCCCGAUGAAGAAGACCUCUCCGCUUUCAUGAACGACACCGACCGGCCUAAACCACUGAUGUCCCGACAACACACCAGAGCACAAACCCAGUCUCAACCCCAAGCUCUACAACACAGGCGGGGGAGCAGUUCCAGCUCCGCUGGCAGUCCAUUGCUCAGCCUAGGCUUAGGCCAAGGCCAGGGACAGGCGCACGACCGACAAGAGACUCUGAGGGGAUAUGACCGACCGGAGCCGCUCAGGGGACAUUCGCCUUCGCCCUUGGGGAGCCCGAGGUUCGGGAUUACGGGAGCAGCGGGGAGGAGGCGCUCGUAUACUGGUUCUCCGGCUAGUGGGAGUCCUUCGAGCGCGACUGGACGGCCGGUUGGAGGUGAUCGAGUUGGGGGUGGGUCGGGCGAAGGCUCGGCAUCGGCGGAGGGGGGGAGGGUAGGAGUGUUGACGAGUGCGGACGCUGUGGGUGAAGAGUUGAGGAGGAUGAACGAACAGUUCUCGGCGACUUUGAUGACGAUGGGUGGACGGUCACGGAGGAAUAGGGAUGCGGAUGUGGAUAGUGCCAGUGAGCAACGCGAGGAAGAGAGACAGCAGAGGCUCAGAUAUCGAGAGUUGGAGUCGCCUAGGCGAAGGACGGAGAGGAUAAGCGAGGUUACGGAGGAGAGUUCGGGACAUACGGGUACAGAUAGCGCGAGUCAGAGCGGAAGUAUAGGACUUCGAGGUGUUGGAGGGACUGGGAGCGCUGAAGGGAGUGGCAGGAUCGAAGGGUUGGGAUUGAUGUUGAGGACUACGAGACCGGGGUCCAGGACGGAUUCGAUAACUUCGGAGGAAGUGCUGGGGAAGCUGGAGCUCGGUACUGGCAGUACCGAAGAGGAGAGGAGAAGGAGUAUGGGGCGGUAAGGGUUGCCACGAUCGCGCACCCGUCAUCGGUCGACGAGCAUUUAUCUCUGACGGGCCAUGAACUUACUGAGUAGGGUUGCAUGGUCGGAGGGCAGGGGCAGGGGGCAAGAGAGGCCGAUUUGGAGCUACGUUUUUUAUGAUCUCCCUGGUUUGUAAGUUAUAGCUGUGUCGUGGGACGCUCGAGCAAUUCGCUCCGAGGUCUAGAUGGAGCACAGAUGUAAUCGGACGGACUACCCUAUGUUAUCCUGCCUUCACUCUCAUUUCAUCUUGACUGUCGCCUAUCAGCAUGCAUGCCACAUCGAUGAUAUCAAGUCCUAUUUUUACAUACAUGUCCAGAGUGGAGGGAUGGGGAAGGUUGAAGAGGGGAGGUGUUAACGUUCGCCUUUGCCUACAGUACAUAUAUCGUAUGCACGCAUUAUGAUGCCCGUUGUUCCUGUUUUACUUAUUCGAUGUAAGUAUAUAUCCGGUCUUUCUUGACGUGCAUUGGCACGCUACAGACCC